AUGGAACAAAUGAUCAAGUUGAAUGAAACCACAGGGAGGCAGGUGACUGAAUUCAUCCUCAUGGGCAUCACAAACCAUCCUGAACUGCAGGGCCCCCUCUUUGUGUUGUUUUUCCUCAACUACAUGGCCACAUGUCUGGGGAAUCUAGGCCUGAUCAUCCUAACCAGUGUUGAUUCCCACCUCCAAACUCCCAUGUACUUUUUUCUCAAGAAUCUUGCAUUUGUUGAUUUUGGUUAUUCCACAGCUGUUGGUCCAAAAAUGUUGAUCAAUUUCAUAGUUGAGAAAAAUAUUAUUUCCUUCAAUGGAUGUUCAACACAGCAUUUUUUCUUUGGAAUAUUUAUUGUUAGUGAAAUUUUUAUCCUUUCAGCCAUGGCCUAUGACCGCUAUGUGGCUAUCUGUAAGCCCCUCCUCUACAUGGUUAUCAUGUCAGACAGGGUAUGUUGGAUCUUGGUAGCUAUCUCAUACCUUUAUAGCAUGAUGGCAUCCUUACUGGUCACAAUUAAGAUUUUUAAUUUGUCCUUCUGUAAAUCAAAUAUAAUAUCACAUUUCUACUGUGACUCUCUCCCUUUAGUAUCCAUUUCUUGUUUAGAUACCACUGAGAUUGAAUUAAUCAUUAUGAGCUUUUCUGCAUUUAAUUUGGUUUCUUCUCUCUUGAUAAUCCUUCUCUCUUAUAUGUUUAUUGUUGUGGCCAUUCUCAGGAUGAACUCUUCAGAGGGCAGACUUAAAGCCUUCUCUACCUGUGGCUCUCACCUCACAGGGGUGGUUGCAUUCUAUGGGACACUUCUUUUCAUGUACCUGCAGCCCCAUUCAAGCCACUCCUUUGAUACAGACAAGAUGGCCUCUAUUUUUUAUACCCUGGUCAUCCCCAUGCUCAACCCAUUGAUCUACAGUUUGAGGAACAAAGAGGUGAAAGGUGCAUUGAAAAGAGUCUUUAAAAAAUUGAUAAAUCAAAAUUAA